AUGGUUGCUACAACUUAUCAUCGUCGGCAAUCGUCUAGCGGUGGAAUCGUCGGAGGCAAAUCAACACGGCGUCGGCCAUCCCUACGUCGACCUUCUGAAGUGAACAGUAACAAGAUCCCAGUAGGUGCCGCCGCUGCUGCUGCUCGUAGCAACAUACUUCGAGCGCAACAACAGCAACAACAAAGUGGUAUUAAUAGCGGUGGUCCUCGGCGAGCAUCUGGCAGCCUAUUACAACAAUCUACAUUACACCAUGACUGGCGUCGACCGUCAGCACCUGCAAAUGUUGAAGCACCCCGAUUAUCUAUUGCCGAUCGAUUCAUGGCUUCCACCUUUUCCCAUCCACCUUCACCGCCUCCACCGCCUCCACCUGUUGUGGUACAGCAGGCUGAUGAUGACAGCAAUACGUCCUCUUCAUAUGCUGGACGAACAAGCACUGUCUCACGACCGUCAACAGAUCCGGUCUCUGGGAGACUGACAAUUGCCGAUACGUUUAUAAAAAACAGCAGCUCUCGUUCUUUGAUCUCAUCGUCUGUGUCAUCCAACGGGGAUGGUGAUAACAGUAUGAAUACCAGACAUCCUGCAUAUGCAGCACCUACUGAACCGACUCAUCCACUCGAACCACCACCCCCUCAACGCUCAACAUUGGAUACACAUCUCGCACUCGACUUGGAUUUCGCAUUGCCUUCGCCCGCCAGCACACUUGAUGUCGGUCGCCAAUUAAGCAGACCCUUCGGCAGCCAAGAGACCUUGGUACAGCCACCCAAUAUGGACAAGAAGUUACACGAAUUCGAGAAAGAAGGGUCCAUUGCCGACUAUGAAACGUGCUCGCUACGUUCUUCCUCAUCUACUAUGGAACAUUGCAGCAACAGCAACGAAAAAUCCUAUCAUCAUCACGAUGAAAAAUGGCUCAACAUGUCAUCCGAAGAAUUAGCCGUACACAAUUCACGUAGUCGAGGCGACGGAAAUAACAACGAUAAUGACGAAGCAAAAGGAAUGUGGAUUGCUUGCUGUUUUCUUAGCUGCAACGGACAACAACGCCGACCUCAACAACCAAAAGAGCCGCGCAAAUGCGGUCGACGCGGCUGGGUGUUUGGCAGCUUCAUUUUCUUCAUUUUGCUCAUUAUAGCCGCCUAUCUACUAUGGCCGCGUACACCCCUGAUGCGCAUCGAAGGCGCAACUCUAUUGUCGCCAGCACGCAUCACGGAGACACACCAAGGCGUCAUGGUUGGCAAUGUGGCGUUCGAAAGUCAAUGGCUAGUCAAUGUGACUGUAGACAAUCGUCAGAAUCGGGUACCAACGCGAUUGACUCAAAUUGAAGUGUUGGCCAAGGACGCAUUGACUGGUUUAGUCAUUGGCAAAGGAGAUAGCAAUGACAAUUCUAACGAGCAAGCAUUGGCAGCUAGUACCAUAUCCACGAUUCAGUUACAAGUCUCUUUGGAUUACCAGGCCCGUGAUGAUACUGAUACGACUUUUUCGACAUUGAAAAAGGCAUGCACACAACAACCACCCAAGACAUAUCAUGAUAGCAAAACAAAUCAGACAAUCACGGAACAGCCUAAGCGUGAAUCAUUACAAUUGCAUUUCUGGAUUACGCUACAUAUUUUCGGAUUAGACUGGGUUGGCUAUAGACCCACACUCAUCGCCACGCCUGCUACUGGUGGUUUUGCUUGUCCUUUAUCUUAA